AUGAGCGCCGGUGAGUUGCAGCAGGCGCAGCCCAGAGCUUCGGCGCCGGCGGCCGCCCCCGCGCCCCCGCAGCCCCGCAGCGCCCAGGAAGCCCCCGACAUGGCGGUGUACUGCAGCGAGAACUUCAGCGUCUACCCCCAGCCCAGCCUCCACCCGCCCGGCGCCGCUGCCGCCGCCGCCGCCGCUGCCGCAGCCGCUGCAGCCGCCGCCGCCUCCUCGGGGCAGCGGGCGGGCGGAUACGCGCUGGGGGACUACGGGGCCCCCGCCAACGCCGGGUACCUGUGGGGCAUGAACAGCCCCGCGCCCUACCUGCAGGGCCCCCCCGGCUCCGCUGCCGCCGCCGCCGCUCCUUUCCUGCCGCCGGCCUCGUACGGCUGCUCUCGGGGCGGGCAACUGGUGGGCUCCCCCUCGGCCCCCGGGUCGCCGUCGGCGGGAGGCGCGGAGCUGAGCUGGCUGAGCCUGGCCAGCCAGGAGGAGCUGCUGAAGCUGGUGAGGCCGCCUUACUCUUACUCAGCUCUGAUCGCCAUGGCCAUCCAGAGCGCUCCGGAGAGGAAGCUCACCCUCAGCCACAUCUACCAGUACGUGGCCGAGAACUUCCCCUUCUACAAACGCAGCAAGGCGGGAUGGCAGAACAGCAUCCGCCACAACCUCAGCCUCAACGACUGCUUCCGCAAGGUGCCCCGCGACGAGGACGACCCUGGAAAGGGAAACUACUGGACCUUAGAUCCCAACUGUGAGAAGAUGUUUGACAACGGGAACUUCCGUCGCAAACGCAAGCGGCGCUCUGAGCCCAAUGCCCCGGCGACCGCGUCUGCAGCCUCCUCCAUGGGGGGUCUGAAGGCUGAGGAAGAGAGACCCAUCCCAGUCACAGGCAAACCGUGUGGAAACAGCCCACCCCCAGAGCUGGACCCCUCGCCUUCUUCCAGAGACCAUCCAAAAAGCUCCUCUCCCUCCAGUAUCAUUUCAUCCACCCCUAGCUGCCUCAGCACCUUCUUCAGCGGCAUGAGCUCCCUGAGCGGUGGAGGCAGCCGGCUGACAGGGGGGCUGGGCAGUGACCUGCAUCACAGGAACUUCUCUGCUGGACAGCUGAGCAGUGGCACUUUCACCCCUUCCAGCAGCUCUUCACAGGAGGUGCCUUCUCCAGACCAGCUGCAGCGGGUUGCGGGACCUUCCCCCGCUUACUACAGCUCCUUCCAUCCCAGCAGCAGCAGCCAGGGAGCCCAGUACAACCACUACUACAACUUCACAGUUAACAGCCUCAUCUACACCCGGGAUGGGACGGAGGUGUAG